GGACAAAUCGCCAUGAAUGAAUACACGACAAUUCGACCGAGCAUUUGGAUGUAAAACUUAGCCUUCCAAUAUUGAGUGUAGAAGAAAAGAUCGAACUAUUUACUACUGCAAGCUCAAUUCUUUGCCCCGUCAAAGCAGCCCCUCCGUUCUAGUUCUGUACGAAUCUCAAACUUGCACGAGUUUCUCGUGGCUGAAAGUUUUCCUUCAGGGAUCCAGAUUGGUUGUUUUUCUUGAUUUGGUGCUAUGACGGAGGAGAAGCAGCCGCUCCUCGAUCACUACCAGCAUCGCCCAGGCUCCAGCGGCAGGGCAUCCGCGCUCCACCCCAAGUGCCCGGGAUGCCGAGUCGCCCAUCUCCGGGACAAGAACGCGCCAGUUCCCUUCAAGCUCCUCGUUCUCCUCGGAUUUGUGAUCCUCGCCAAUGCGCUUCCAAUCGCAGUAGUCUACCCCUUCCUCUACUUCAUGAUAGAGGAUCUACACGUUGCCAAGCGGAAAGAGGACAUUGGAUAUUACGCUGGAUGGAUCGGAUCAUCUUUGAUGAUUGGGCGAAUGCUCACUGGAGUUCUCUGGGGCGUCAUAGCCGACAGAUAUGGUCGAAGGAAGGUCAUGGUUUGCGGCAUUCUCUCAGUGGUGGUUUUCAACACCUUGUUUGGGCUUAGCACGAGCUUGUGGAUGGCUCUGCUCACGCGAUUUCUCUUGGGAGGUUUCAAUGGAAUGCUUGGAACCGUCAAGGCAUACGCUUCCGAGAUCUGUAGCGAGCAACAUCAGACGAUAAGCAUGUCAAUGGUUAGCACGAUGUGGGGAUUUGGCCUUAUUAUCGGACCAGCUAUGGGUGGCUAUCUAGCACAGGCAACUGACUUCUCGAAUUUCUCAAGUUCCGUGAUCUCAUGUGAAUUUUUUUUCUCGUCCUUACAGCCUGCGAUCAAGUAUCCAAACAUCUUCAAAUCCGGGAGCUUGUUUGCGAGAUUUCCUUACUUGUUGCAAGCACUUGGCGUCCUUGUGUUCGCAUUGAUAGCACUGGUUAUGUGCUUCUACUUGCCGGAAACACUUCAUAAAGAUCACACUUCCCUUGAAAUUGAUGAGGAGGACACAGGCAAGGAUCCCAUUAGUGUGGAGAGUGAUACAAAGGAGAAGCAAUCCGAAUCCAUCUUUAGAAACUGGGGAUUUAUUUCCUCCACAAUGGUCUACUGUCUCUGGUCUCUACACGACAUAGCUUACACCGAGAUCUUCUCGCUGUGGGCCGUGAGUGGAAGAUCAUACGGUGGACUGGGUUUCACGAGCUCCAAUGUUGGAGAAGUUCUUGCAAUAUCCGGCUUGUCUAUGCUUUUGUUCCAAUUGACUUUGUUUCCUAUCUUUGCAAAGUGGCUCGGGCCAAUCCGGUUGACACGAGUACCAACACUAGUAGCAAUUCCUAUAUUGACGGCGUAUCCAUUCUUCUCAAAACUUCACGGGAACUCUCUCUGGGCGAUACUUCUCAUCGCGUCGAUCACCAAGUUGAUUCUGGGUCAAGCCACAUUCACGGGCUCCUUCAUACUCAUCAACAAUUCAGUGAAACAAGCGCAAAGAGGCGCCGCCAAUGGUUUCUCUCUGAGCAUUGUGUCACUGUUCAAGGCAAUUGGCCCCGCGGGUGGUGGCUCAGUCUUUGCGUGGUGCCAAACAAGGCAACACACUUGGCUUCUCCCAGGUGAUCACCUCGUGUUCUUUUUCCUCAACUUCUUUGCGCUUCUCACGGCGCUCAUGACAUGCAAGCCAUUCCUUCCAUCGUCCACGGCCCACCCUAUACUGGAAUAGAUCAAACUUUCCAACUAUCAAGCAACCAAACAAAAAGGAGAAUUCUUUAAAGAAAUACGUAUUCAAGAAAUAUCAAGCAACCUCUAGAGAAAGGGAAUUGUAAAA